GUUGUGUGGCCUAGAGUGGUGCCACACUCUUGCAAGCAACACCCUGAUCUCUCUGUCUCUCUGGUGUACGGCUUCAUCUUGCAUUUCCUCUGCAACAACAUCUACUCACUUCUCCAGUCACACUUCACAGCCAAAAAUGGCUUUGCUGUGUUCAUUUCCCUCCCACAACACUUUACUCUCUUUCUCUCUAUCGACCCCGCCUUCCCACAAACUAAUUGAACCAGUACCUCCUCUUCUUUAUCUUUCACAACCCCUCAGACAGCCACUACUUGUAAGAAAAAACAACAGCAAGUGUGGUGCAGUCGCUGACAUCAAAGCUGUGCCUCCAAUUGAUGCCAACCAGGAGGAAGAGGAGGAGGAGGAAAGUGAUCACAAGGUUCUUGUGGGUCCUGGCAGUGAGGAAGAGCGGCGAGGUGAGAGGGUCGAGGCGGACUACGAUUGGACGGAAGAAUGGUACCCGCUUUACCUCGCCCAGGACGUGCCCGAUGACGCACCUCUGGGUCUCACCGUGUAUGACAAGCAUAUCGUCUUGUAUCGGGACGGGAAUCGGCAGCUUCGCUGUUACGAGGAUCGCUGCCCCCACAGGUUAGCAAAGUUAUCUGAAGGCCAAUUGAUUGAUGGAAGACUAGAAUGUCUGUACCAUGGCUGGCAAUUUGAAGGCGAUGGUAAAUGUGUGAAGAUACCCCAGCUUCCAGCUGAGGCCAAGAUUCCUCGAUCAGCUUGCCUCAGAACGUAUGAGGUGAGAGACUCACAAGGUGUUGUGUGGGUAUGGAUGUCACAGAAGACACCACCGAACCUUAAUAAACUACCCUGGUUUGAGAACUUUGCCAGGCCAGGUUUUCAGGAUACUUCCACCACCCACGAGCUUCCUUAUGAUCACUCCAUACUUCUUGAGAACCUCAUGGAUCCCGCCCACAUUCCAAUUUCACAUGACAGAACAGAUUGGAGUGCAAAAAGGGAGGAUGCUCAACCAUUAGGUUUUGAGGUGACUGAACGUACUGAUCGAGGAUUUGCGGGCUGGUGGGGUAAAGCAAAGGAUAAACCUCUGCCAAAUUUCUUACGAUUUGAAGCACCUUGUGUUCUUCAAAAUAACCGGGAACUUGUUGAUGAGAAUGGGGAGAAGCAUUACUUCACAGGCCUAUUCCUUUGUAGACCAACUGGGCAAGGGAAAUCCAUGCUUAUUGUAAGGUUUGGAACUACAAAAAGAUCCCCCUUGGCGAAGUUGUUCCCACAAUGGUACUUCCAUCAGAAUGGAGCUAAGGUCUUUGAGCAAGAUAUGGGUUUCCUCUCGUCCCAAAAUGAGAUUCUAAUGAAGUCUAAAGUUGCCACCAAGGAGCUGUACCUUAAUCUAAAAUCCUCUGACACAUGGGUAGCUGAAUACCGUAAGUGGAUGGACAAAGUAGGGCAUGGAAUGCCUUAUCAUUUUGGGCACAGCACCAUUUCAUUGCCCAAAGAGCCUGCUGUGGUGGAACAUGCACCGGCCGGACUGGUUGCCGGAGUUUCAGCAUCUGCACCAGCUAAGGGAGGGAUUGGAUCAAUGUAUGCUCCAAACUUGGCAAACCGGUAUUUCCGGCAUGUAAUCCAUUGCAAGGGAUGCAGAACCGUCAUUAAAGCUUUCCAAGCCUGGAAAAAUGCCCUUUCUGUUAUGGCUCUUACACUGACCGCAUUGGCAAUCCUAGUGUCUGGAAGGCAGUGGAAGGCCCUUCUUUUAGUACUGGCAACCGUGUGCUCUGCUGGAGCUUAUGGAUGCUCAACUGCCGUUGCACUGAAUACAACCAACUUCAUUAGGACACAUAGGAGAUUGUAAUAUAUCAAACGGUACGUUUGUUACUUCAGGGAGGAAAAGAACCCAUAGGAUUACAAAGGACAAUGAAAAUAUAAUGUGGCACUCCAAUGUAGAUUGUGGCGUUGGAGUUGAUUCUACCAUCAAGAUUUUUAUUGCAAAUGUUUCUCAAAUUUAUACCA